AUGGAAAAUGUAUCAUCUGUUAAAGUUUUAAGUCUAGCUGUAUUAAAUGAAACAUGGACAGUUCGUUACUUUUUAUGUUUUCUGACCUUCCUUGUUUAUGUUUUAAUCGUGUUUGUAAAUGUGAUAUUAAUUGUCACCAUUACAUUAGAGAAAGCCCUCCAUGAGCCUAUGUACAUCUUUCUGUGUAAUCUGUGUAUUAAUGCACUGUAUGGAACUGCAGGAUUCUACCCUAAAUUCCUGUAUGAUGUAUUCUCUGGCUCUCAUCUGAUCUCAUAUGACGGUUGCUUUGUGCAGAUAUUUGUGAUAUACUCAUCAGUAAAGUGUGAAUUUGUAACCCUGACUGUAAUGGCUUAUGAUCGCUAUGUGGCCAUAUGCAAACCAUUAAUGUAUCAUUCCGUUAUGACUGGUCAGAUGAUCUGUAAAUUAUUAACCUUAUGCUGGAUUUAUCCAUACAUCACAAUGUCCCUGAAUAUGUCACUGGCAAGAAGACUUACAUUAUGCAGAUCUCAUAUCGAUAAGCUUUACUGUGAAAACUGGUCAAUUGUGAAACUUUCUUGUGAAGCAACCAUUGUCAAUAAUAUAAGUGGGUUUAUUGUAAUAAUAACAUUUUUUGGACUUGCAUUUUACACCGUGCUUUCAUAUAUAAAAUUAAUUUCUGUUUGCGCAAAUAGUCGAGAAAAUAGAAAAAAGUUUAUGCAGACUUGUGUGCCACAUGUAUUUGCUGUAAUAAAUUUCACAGUUACUUUGUUGUUUGACACAAUGCAUAGUCGCUAUGGAUCAAGGAAUAUCUCAGACCAUCUGCACAAUUUUUUGGCGCUGCAAUUUCUCAUCAUCCCUCCUCUUUUCAACCCAAUUAUUUAUGGACUAAAAUUGACUGAGAUUCGCAAAAGGCUGCUGAUGCAGUUUCAGAGUAAAGUUAUGUUCUUGUGA